GUCUCCGCCCCUUCCUCCUCGCCCCUCCCAGCUCCCCUUGUCGAGGGACAGGCCACCGACUUGCUGCCUCGCCCGCGCGCGCAGGGUCGGUCCCAUGGGUAUCGACAUCAAGGCUGGCGGCCGCAAGGCCACCAAGAAGUCGGGCCGCACCGCUCCCGUCUCCGAGAAUCUGUACCUCCGGCUGAUCGUGAAGCUGUACCGCUUCCUCGCGAGGCGGACGGACGCCAAAUUCAACAAGGUCGUGCUGAAGCGGCUCUUCACGUCCAAGACGAACCGGCCGCCCAUGUCGAUCAAGUCUAUCGCCAAGUUUAUGGCGCGCGAGGGGAAUGAGGGCAAGAUUGCGGUUGUGGUUGGCUCUGUGACGGACGACGUCCGCUUCCUCGACGUGCCAAAGCUGACGGUGUGCGCGCUGCGCUUCACGGCGACCGCGCGCGCGCGCAUUGUCAAAGCUGGCGGUGAGUGCCUCACGUUGGACCAGCUGGCGCUCAAGUCUCCGCUCGGCGAGGGGACGGUCCUGCUCCGCGGCUGCAAAUCGCGGCGCGAGUCCGCGAAGCACUUCGGCGCGCCCGGCGUGCCGCACUCAUCCGUCAAGCCCUACGUGCGCUCCAAGGGCCGCAAGUUCGAAAAGGCGCGCGGCCGGCGCGCGUCGCGCGGCUACCGCAACUAGACGAUCCCGGGCGCGGCGGCGCGGCGGCGCGGUGGGCGGAGGCGGGCGUGCCUCCACACUGGAGGAUGCCCACCUCGUGUGCGGAGUGUGUGUGGUGCGACGGUGGGCGCCCGUGCACCGCCGGCGGAGGCGCACUUGUUCGCCCGCCUCUCCGCCUCGCAUUGCCGUGCGUCUGCUCAACAUCGGUUGUCGCUGAGAUACUCUUCUCUCCCUGUGCUGUCCGAGCUUGUUUAGACAAGCACAUUGAUUCUCGAG